CGCUUCGGUCGAACAGAUAAAAGAGCAAAGCUCCCAAAAUGGAUUAAUCAAUAUAUUUCUGAAACAGCCACAAAUCUUUCCACGGAUAUGGCCAUAGUGAUUGCGAAAAAAUUCUUACGCUCCAUGGCUCAGCCGUUUGAACAUAAUCAAUUGGGAAUAUCGCUAUUAACACUAGAAGAUAUAGAGGCUAGACAGAAAGCUGCGAGGGGCGGUCAGGAGCCGGAUAAGCAAGGACAGGGAGGGCAGAGGCAUGGUCAGGUUGCUAUGGAAAUAGAUGGAAAAUGA